ACGGGUCGCGGGCGGAUACGCGGCUCGGGCGGACACGCGGCUAUCGGUGCUCUCUGGGUUUUCCUGCUCCGGGCCUCCGACUUUCAGCUCCGCCAUGGCCCCCAAAGGCGGCUCCAAGCAGCAGUCCGAGGAGGACCUGCUCCUUCAGGAUUUCAGCCGCAACCUGUCGGCCAAGUCGUCGGCGCUGUUCUUCGGGAACGCGUUCAUCGUGUCUGCCAUCCCCAUCUGGUUGUACUGGCGCAUAUGGCAUAUGGAUCUCAUCCAGUCUGCUGUUCUCUACAGUGUGAUGACGUUAGUGAGCACUUACUUGGUAGCCUUUGCAUACAAGAAUGUAAAAUUUGUCCUCAAGCACAAAGUAGCACAGAAGAGGGAGGAUGCUGUUUCCAAAGAAGUGACCCGAAAACUUUCUGAAGCUGAUAAUAGAAAGAUGUCUCGGAAGGAGAAAGAUGAAAGAAUCUUGUGGAAGAAGAAUGAAGUUGCCGAUUAUGAAGCCACAACAUUUUCCAUCUUCUAUAACAACACUCUGUUCCUGGUUUUGGUCAUUGUUGCUUCCUUCUUUAUACUGAAGAACUUCAACCCCACGGUGAACUACAUUUUGUCCAUAAGUGCUUCCUCUGGACUCAUCGCCUUGCUCUCUACUGGCUCCAAGUAGACCGUGUAGCUUGGCCCCCUGCCUUUGUAUCUAUGUGUGGCCUGUGCUAUAUGGAAAAGUAUCAGGGUGGCCAGGUUGGGAGACACACAAGAUGUUUUUAUAGUCUGGAGUUGGAGGGUUUAAAAAUGCAAUAGAAUGUAAUUUAGUGUUUGUUUAUUGGCUCUUUUGACAGAUUGUUGAAAUUAAAUUGAAUUGAAAGGGAAACUCAGAGUACCAGGACAUUUAUUAAAAGGCAAGAAGUCUUGCAAUGUGCUCUAAUCACAAGAGGAGAAAAUAACUUGUUUCCUACAUCUGUCAGAGGUCAUGGUAACCUGGACUGAGCUGUUAUUAUUUAUAAUAGGAGGAAGAAGUUAAUAACUGGUUCUCUGUGUUCCAAGCACAAUAUUACAACUUUUGACUGUAAAUCUCAGUGAAUCUUCUUCCCAAGGGAUUAAACAGAAGUCUCUGAGUUUGUAAUUUAUAAUAACUCAAAAACAUGGCCUCUUCACUUUGAGGGAGAGAAACUUGCAACUUUUUUUUUUUUUUUAAAAGAAAGGCAGCCAAGGUAGUAACCUAAAAAUAGUCCCCAGCCUAUGAGUGUUGGCCUGUGAAACUAAAGCACACACUGUUCGGCUGUAUGGCUUUGGCCUUGGGCGGCCAGGGAGGUCAGCUUGACCCUGCCAUAUUGGUUUGAUGUGUGAAGUCACUGGAAUCAUUGUUUUCUGUGACCAGGCUCUCAGCACCACAGGCAGAAUAUUAAGUGAGAAAACACUUCUUUCCUGAUUAUUGACACAUGAGAGACCAGAAGAAUGUUUUGUGAACUUAGCCCUGGAAUUCAGUGAACUCUCCAAGGAAUUUACAGUGGUUUGAAAGGGUUGUCAGCAUUUUUCUAGGAGGGCUUGAAUAAGUCUGUCCCCUUUUGCCCAGGGUUCUUGUCGUUUGUGAGCAAAUGCUGAUCACACUUGUCUGGGGGUUAGCGAAGAGCGGCCUCACGUCAUGCCCCGCCCACCCCAUGUGUGCAGAUUCUGUGUGUGUGUACCAUAACGUCUAGAUUUAGAUGACUUCCCACUUAGGAUCACUGACUUCCUCGUCCUGUUCACUGUGCACCACACCCAGGACUCCUAGAAUGGCACCUCCGAGGGAAAUACUCCUAGUAUUUAGUUUCUACUUGUAAACUUCGGAGGAACGCAUGAUACUGUUUCUGAGUUUAAAGAUGUGUUCACCACGAGUUGAGCUGUUUGUGUGCUGGUAGGUGAAGUUUCAGUGGUCUGCAUUAAGAACUUAGGGAAGAUGGGAGGAGUGCCUUUGUACGGUCCCCUGACUUCUCAUUGUGUUGAAAAUCAUUUUAUCACCCUCCUGGAAGUGUUCAGUUCUUUUCUGUGGUACAUUGUUACCUGAGUGCCAUUACCAGGAAAUGUGGAAUGAGUAGGAAAAUGAGAGGAGAUUCAAUGCAAAGUACAUUUAGGUAACACACAUGAGGUAGGGUGUUUUGUUCUUCUGUUUUAAUCAGUAUUUGGCUGGUAAAGUUUGUGUACCAGUGUGUUUAUCUAAUAAAAUAAUUGGAUACACCGUCAAAUUGUUACUGGAGCUGGGCCAAGCACCUUCUAAGAGGCUGUUGUAAACUGGCCACUAGGUGGCAGUGCCUGUGUAGAUGGGGAGAAAGUUACCACCAUUAUUUGACAAUAUUGUUAGCAGCUCAGGAAUGGUGAAAUAGAGGUGCCAGCUUCAAAUUUUUAAUUCUCUUGAAUUAGUAACCAAAAAUUUGCUGGAAGAGUAAUUGUGUAGUGUUUUUCUGUCUUGAGUGUUUCCUACAGCUGUCUGUUUUUAAUUCUCAAAAUGUCCUCUAACUCUAUACUACCAGAUAAAUUUCUGUGUAUGAAGUCAUGUAGCCAGAUCACCAGCUCCCUUUAAGGAUUUAAUGUAUCAGUCCUUUACACUUAGAAAUAUGGACCCUGUCCCCUAAUCUCUUCUCCAUACCGAAUGUGGCAAAUAGAAUUAUGACGUGCUCAGUAAGACAUACAGAGACAGUAAAAUCCUGGCAGAGUUUUUAUCUUGAAAGGACCCAUAUGUAACACCAGUAAAACAGGACACUCAGAGUGCUUGCUUUCUUUUUCUGAGAUAGGUAGAAUCUUAGUGUUAAGCAUUUUUAUUCCUUGAUUUACUCAUUCAUAACUUAAUAGUAGUCUUGUAUCUAAAUUUACACCUUGCCCUGUUUGGUAUAUUGUUUUAACUUGGGAAGGAUAAUUUGAAAAAGGAUUUGAAGUUAAUUGAAAUAAUGGAAGUUGAAUUUAUACUCAACAUUCUUACAAAAAGUCUUGUUUUUAACAAGUAUGAUUAAACUUUGUUUUUAAAAAUG